ACUCUUGAUCCAAAAUAUUCAGUGAUGUUGCCACUCUAUGUGGUUCUCUGCCAUAUGCCACACUUGAUAGGGGUCACUGAGACAAAAUUCAAGAUGCCUGAGAUAAUUAGUUUCAAAUCCCUUUGAUGAACAGCUUCUAUUUAAAGAAAAAUAAGGUUGGAUCUCAGCGAUAUCUGGGUGACACAAUGCAAAGACUGUCCUGUUCCCAUGCCAGCCUUCAGACUGAAUGCCACCUGGAAAAUGAAAAGGCGGCUUUGAUGGAAACUCCAGCUUUAUCCAUAAGCAACAGGAACCUAUCAACAACAGGAAGAGAACUUGGUUUCUUGAAAAAUAUUACUGAAGAUUAGUAAAAGCAGAGGAAGUUCCUCAGAUUGGUAUAGCCAGCAUUCAACAGAGUGCCACCAUUCAGAUGGAGGACGUGCAUGAGAUGGGUACAGAGGGAACACACGCAUGUAGCUUUCAAAACACAGCUGACAGUGAUGAAGACACUAUUAUCUCUGAUGCCACAUUUAGCCUUACGUCUGGAGAGAUCACCAAGUACCAAUCCAAUACAAAGAUCAUACCGACAAUCUACAUUAGCCCUACCCUUGAGAGUAAUAUUGAUUUUUGGGAAGAAGUGGAUGACCAAGUUGACUAUGAAGACAAUGUUACUUCUGUAAAUAGCCAUGCUGGUACCUCAAAAGCGGUUGGCAAGUCAAUUUCUGGAGAUGCCGUCUCAGAUUCCCAGGAAGACAUCUUGGACUCAUUUGACAAUAACAAUGCUUCAGGAAAUGUGUGCAGUGAGGAAUACAUUAUCAGCAUGAGUUCGGGUGACAAUACAGUCAAAGAGACCACUACAGUUCCUGGAAAUACAGCCAUUGCUCCCAGUGGAGAUGCCUUCUAUAAAACCCCUGGUAACAUGGUUGUUGAUGAAACCACUGUCAGUGCCAUUAAUGAAAUAAGCACUAAGACAAUAAUAACCAAAGGAGAUCUUUGCAAUAGUGUUGACUCUGAAGAAGCUAUACCUAUUGGUGGGAAUACUUCUGGAGAAGUUGUGGACUUUACAGAGACCAAUGGUAUUGAAGCAAUCUUAGACUCCAUGACUUAUGCUACAAAAGAAGGUGUUUCCACAAAUUUUCCUGAAGAAUUCAGCAACAGUUCUAGCCCGGUUUCAGGACCUGUUGAAAUUUCCCAUCAUGCCUUGAAGGAAAUUUCACUCUCUGGCCCAGAAACCACUGGUGUAUUUUCAGACAACAGGACUGAUGUUCUUUUCGGUGAGGAUGCCUCAACCACUACUCCAACAUUUUCAGCUACCUUUCAACAUGCUCCAUCUGUUGUCUCAGAAACCACUGUUAUCUCCUCCUCUGACAGCAACAACACUGCUGUUGAAAACCCAAAAUCAAUAGAGGGUCCUACAAACAAAAUAGACGCCGUAAUUAAAGAAGUCACAACCAGUACUCCCAGCAUUGUCAUUGCCUCCAGAGAGAUGUGUAACGCUUCACCAGAGGACAACGUUGAUGUUUCUGAGAACAGGACCUCUAGUUAUAGUGCCACAACAGACUCUGGAAACUUUUCCAUCAUUUCUGAUGAAAACAUGCUCACCACUCUUAUAACAGAGGCCUUCAGCAACUCCAGUCUUUCUGGAGAAAGUACCAGCAUGCUGUCUUCUGAUGAUGUUAGGAAUACUGAGAUCUGUGAAGAGAAAGCAAUCACUGAGUCUGAAAAUCCCACUGUUGCACCUAGUUCCAUUAGUUCCUUUGAAUAUACUAACACCACUGAAUACAUUGCUACUUUAGAUUCUGCAAAUAGCACAAUCAAAGAAGACAACAUUGUGACUGAUCCAGCAAGCACCAAUGAAACUGAACAACCAUUUUCCCUCAGAAAGGGGACUAAUGCCAUUUCCAAAGAUAUUAUUAAUACUACUGUAAAAGAGAUCUUCAGUGAUACCACAACUGUUUCUUCUUCCACAGAAAGCAUUGUUGAUCCUAUCUCUGUGUGUGCUAAAACUAUAGCAAUUCAUGGAAACACGGGCAUAAAUAUGGCUGGAAAUGUUACCACCAGUUGUGGAACCACCACUGUCUCUGAAAGUGUAGUAAGCAUCACUUUGGGCAAAAACAAUCCCUAUAUACACAAAACAUCUACCAAUAGCUGUGGUGAUUAUGAUGAUGGCAAAGAAACUAUAUGCAAAGAUAUCAACCAUUCUCUUUUUGAUGAAGAUAUGAUUAUUACUUCAUCUGAGGAAGCAUCAUGCCAAAACACCACUUUUGAUAUACUUGGAUAUGUUAGCAGUACUCCUCCCUCCCAGAAUGCCUCCGGAUAUGGUGCCAAAACAGAACCUGAAAAAUCAUCAGAAACCAUUACUGUCGAUAACAGUAUGACUUUUGGAAAUAACACCAUCACUCAUGGAGUCACUGCUACCAAUGAUGUCACUCAUACAAUUCCUACAACUAUUGCUAUCACUGAAUCUUCCAGAGAGAUUGUCACUAAAAACAUAGUUUUAGUUUUGGAAGACCAUAGCAUUACUGCGACAACAGGAGAUGCUCCUGUUUUUCAUGGCAUUAGUAGUACAACUUCAGAACAAGGUAUUAUCACAACAACCUCUGGAGAUGUCGAGUCUAUGGCAUCUAGAGAAACUGCUAUGAUUCAUAUUGAGAAUGAUUUUAUUAUAGCAUCCUGUACUGAUUCUGAGAAUACUAAAGUCACCUCUUCUAUAUAUCGAGAUUCUGUUCCAUCCUCUGAAGAUACUGUCAGUGUUACCUGUACAAAUGGUACCACUUCUACUAGUGAAGAGGUUUCCAACACUGUACCUAACCAAGUCCCCAUUGAACCUUAUCAGACCACUAUAUAUACUGAAACAGCCACUAUGAAACCUACAUGUAAAGGCUCCCAAAUCACAGAUACCUCCAUCAAUUCUUCUGUGACCAGUGCCCAAGAAGCUAAUAGCACAAUGGAGUCUGCAUAUAGAGACACAUCCAUAACUGCCAUUGACAAAAAAUUGACAUCUGAAUAUCCCAGCAUCUCCCAUGUGAGCCCACCAUUAGGAAAAGAGACAUCAGAUUCUGAUCUGACUACAAGAAUUCAAGAUGACAUUGACCAUGGGAGGAAUGUAUCUCAAGAAGGAUUAAUAACCCCAGUUCCAAGUCCAUCCUCAUCAGCUGAUAUCACACCUCCAAUAUCUAUUUCUUCCCGAAGUCAACCCCCUCUUGAAUCUACCAACACUCCUAAAGAUAAAAAUGAUGAGGCUUCCAACUCUGGUGCAUCUUCAGCCUGCAAUGUAGCACUGGAGAGAAAUUUGAGUGUUGCCUCAACUGAUGAUAAAAACAAUCCCACUUCAGAUACUAUACUACUUGUUUCUGGUGGCUUCAUGUCAACCUCUGAGUCUGCUCCUAGCAUUUCUCUGUUCUCAAGAGAACUCAAUACUUAUGAUGUUGUAGGAAACACUACUACCAAUCUAGAUGACUCAUUAUUAAUUGACACAAUUGACAGUGCUAGCACCUCUCCUGAUACUUCAGUGAAGAAGUGGUAUGGAGAGGAAAAUUCUUCCGUACAUUGUGAGACCACAACAGUCCUUGACUAUCAUAUAUCUUCAUUCUCGGGUGAAUCUAGUGCUCAAGCCAGCACAGAACAAACUUCUGACUUCAGUUAUACAACCAAUACCUCCAAGGAUGCACAUCUUAAAGAGACAUUUGCUUCUGUGCACAAUAAGAUAACCACCAACCUUGAGGAAGAAGAUGCCAAAGAUGACACUGUUACCAGAGACAUUUAUGCAACUGUAGAUGUAACCAUUAAUCCACCUUCUGUGGAGACAUCCAGAGAGUUGGCCAGCUCCGGUGAACUUGCCACAACUGCUACACUUUUGGAAGAUGCUGUUGCCCUUGUCACUGUCAAGGAAACCACCUCUACAAAUACUGACCUUAAAAAUGCUGCCACGAUCAUCCAAGAUUUUUCUGAAGAUACCGAAACAGUUUCUAAAAACAAACUUGCUUAUAUCCUUCAUGAUACCUCUCAAGUGGGAGAAAUUAUUUCUUCAGAAAAGAGCACAUCUGAUACCCUUGCAGACACUAAAAUGGUUCCUGACAGUGAAGUCCUUACUUCUGAACUAAUGUCCUCUGCAGAGAUCCUUGAAGAUACUACUGACCUUGUAAGUGACAUUGCCCCAAAGAGGACUCUCAGUAAUGACCUUUCUAUGAUGACUACAGAUAUACCAGCAGUUUCAGGUACAGCCAGCUCUCUUAAUCGUACAGUUCCUAUAUUUGAUGAUGGCACUUCUGUGUCAGAGAUUACCAUGUGUUCUGAAGAAAUUUUGUCUUCUGGGAAUGAGUCCACAGUUUCCUAUGUAGACCUCAAUAUUCAGAAUCAGAUCCCAUUAACAGAGGCUUCUACUGUUGCCCCUGGUAAGAUCUCCUUUUCUUCUGGAGAAACAGUUACCACUAUCCCAACUUCUGAAGCAGAAAUGAUAAUUAACAAUGUUAUUGAAGCUGACAACACUAACAGUGGAAUCACUGAUGAUGCCAACAUUCCUAGAAGCCUUGAAAAUGUUACCAAAAUCAUUGUCCCCUGCAUGAGCCCCAUUGAUGCAAAUACUGGUGUUCCUAUUCCUCUAGACACAAACACUUCAGCCAUUGCCCUUCAAGAGACAGAGCCUUUGGGAGAAACAUUUAUAUCUGGAAAUGCUGUCAAUCCGAUCACAGAAGACAACAAUGACCACCCAGACAGCUGCAUUCCUAGUGAGGCAUUCAGCACUCUGGGCAGCACUCCACAUGAACACAAUGGGCACCCAUUCACUUCAAGCUUUGAUACUGUUUCCACAUUGGGAGAAACUGCUAGAAUAGCUGAGACAAGAAUUGCCUUUGAGAAUUCCAUGCCAGCUCCCAACCCAUUUGCUGAUGAAACUGUCUUAACUGAUGAUAUUGGAGAUGCUGGUCCAUCUAAAGAUAUUACUAACAUUACCUCUGAAGAUUCCACUAUUUCUGGAAGGAUGAACACCGGUGAAUCAGAAGGAACUGCUCUUACAAGUAUCCCUGAGCAUCUCUCAACUACUUCUGAAGCCAUUAUCUUGUCUUCUGAAAAUGAUACUACUGAACUCACUGGUAGCAAAUGCCUAUCCACUACUUCCGUAACUUCUGGAGAUAUUACUGCCACAACCCCUAAAGAUAACACCAUUGAUCUCUAUGUUCUAGAUGGUGCCAACAUACCCUCUACCAUUAGAGACACUCACACUACAACUGUGCUUGGCUUUAGAGGUACCACCAGUGUGAUCAAAAACAGUUCCACCCCAAUUGUUGAAAUAAUCAGCAACACUCAGUCUGACACUUCUACCCCUAGUGAUACAAAACCCCAUAAAGAGACAUCAGCAUCUAAAAAGACAUGUGUCCCAAUGGCUCAUGUGGCUGCUAGGGAAACCUCUAAAGUUCUCCCUAAAAGAGGAAAAGCAGAUACAUCUGAUUUAGCAAAUUCUAUGAAGGGCACCACCACUACCACCCAUACUAAAGACCCUACCUCUACUCCUAGAGAUUAUAAUUAUGUUUCAGAUAGCAUCCCAACCUCCAGAGGGAAAGUGACUGCAAUGAUAGCCAUUUUUGAAGAUGUGGGAAGACAGAAUGAGAGCUUGAGCUCUAGAGCAACAUUUUCCUUUGCAGAGACAUCUGUAAGACAAGUAUAUACCAAAUCUGGAAUGAACCUUCCCUGUAGAGAUGUUAUCAGUACCAGUUCUGUGCCAACUAAAUGUAAAGAUCCUAUCUUAACCCCUGUUGCUGCUUCUACUGCUGCUAUUACACGGGCUAGUGAAACUUCAUCUUACCACAGUAAGACCAAAUCUCUAGUGAAAUCAGAUCCAAGGAAGAGGAGUACUAUAUCUACAACAGACUCUGUCCUUGGAACUGUCUCUUGCCCAAGAGAGACAAUCCCUUCUCCCUCCAGUGUAAUCUUGGACUCCUCUCCUGAAGACACCUCAAAAGGGAUCUCUACUGUUGGGACUGCAUUUGGACUUCGUGAGGCUGAGACUUCUCCAGUAACCAUACCCUUUGAGGAGACUCAUAUCUCUGAUAAUGCUGCAACUCCUGUAGACAUCAGCAUCAAAACAGACAAAGUUGGUACUGAAGAGACACCUAUAUCUAAUAUUAACAUUAACCUGGAGAAAUAUACCUCAAUAGAAGUAAAAACAUCCCCAGAAGAAAUUGUUUCAGCUAGAAAUAUCAAUACCGCUAGAGAUAACUUUUUUUAUGGAGCCAUUAAAAGUUCUGUAGACUCCCUUGUAUCUACAGAUGUUGGACCUUUAUCAGACUCUGUUUCUAAGUCUACCGUCAUCUCUGUUGAGACUGCCACUCAUGAAGAUGUUGUUUCCUCAGAAAAAAUAGAGACAUCUAGAAAUGCUUCUGUCCACAAAGUUGUAGCUGUAGACAUCACUGCUAACAGUAUUUCUUCCUCUGAGAAUGUCACUUCCAUGACCUCCAGUGAUAAUAGUCCUGAUGAUAUGCAUAAUUCUGGAAACAUCAUCACCAUCAAUAGUGAGACAAACAAUCUCAGAUCUCCCACUGUCCCUAAAGGGGCAAUCUUAUUAGAAGAUGGUACUACAAAUUCUUCUAUAUAUGAAAAUACAUCUGAAUGUCUAAAUAAUCAUGAUAAUGCCAUAUGUGCACCAGAAAAUACAUUCCCCACAGUUUCUGAAGAUGCUGCUGUUGACUCUGGUAGCAGGGUCAUUUCUCCUGAUGAUGCUGUCACUAUUGGCCUUCAAAAAACCAGUGACACCUCCACUAGAGAAAUCUGUAAUACCACAGGAGCAGAUCUCAUUGCCCAUAGUGGAGAGAAACCCGUCGCCACACUCAAAGAAGCUACUCCUGAGGAGACUAAGGCUAAUGCUCCUUGGGAGACUGAAGUUGUAUCAACCCUCACUCUGGAAGAGACAAUUAUUGCCACACCAGAAAAGACUGAUACUGUCAUUACCGAGAGCUACAUGCCAACAGAAGAGAGUAGUGCUAUUUCUUCUGGAGAAUCUGGAGAUGAUGCCUCUGGAGAGACAAACAUGGUUACAUUUGGAAAAAUUAUUGGACCCAGCUCUGCAGAGUCAUCCACAACUUCAAGAGAACCAGAAGAUAUUAAUCCCAGAGAGAUGGAUGUCUCUGCCACAUUUCGAGAGAUUAUUAAUAACACCAAGGAUUCUCCUGAACACUCCUUUUCUGAUCCUGAAGAAUUACAUGUUGAUGCCCCAGGAGAAAUACAUCUUGCCCAACCCGAUAAUAUCACUGGAGACACCACUAAGGAGACCUCCGUUGACCUAGAUGAGGCAACCAUGGUCAUUAGCAGAAAACGGUCAACCACAGUCUCAAGCAAGAACCUUCCCCCUGUCACUUCUGGAGCACAUUUUGCCAUCAGUCCUGGUGAGAUUUCUCCCCCUGCUUCUCUAGGGGCUUCUGCUACCCUUGGUAAGACACCUAAAGGGAAUGUUCUCAUUGCUACAACCUCUAAAAGAUCUCACAUGGCCAGCCCCAGAGGGAUUUCUUCAGCAUCCCAAGAGGAAAAUGGCACCAUCAGACCAGUGGUCCCUCCAUCAUAUUGGUCAAUUAUGAUUACUGGCAUCGUGAUGACAUUUAGCCUGGUUGCAGGACUUUGCAUGGUCAUCUAUUACAUCACAUUCUACAUCUUGGUCACCUACUCAACGUCAUAAGGAGAUCCAUUCUUUCAAGAUUGUGUUGAAAUAGGAUGGUGCUAAGUAACUGUGGGGAUGCUAUGCAAAAUGUUUUCUAUGGAUGAUAUUGCAAGGAACAUUGGGAGAGGAAAAAAGCAAUUCUUGGAGGGCAACCCUCUUCAGGAAAGGAAGACCACAAAGUCAGUGGACCAGGGAGAUCAGAGUGAGAUCCACUCACUUUGGAAAACUACAAAUGGGCAAAUAUAUUCAUUACCGUUACUGCUCUAGCAUUCACACAAAAUCAAAUUUGAGAGUUGAGAUUUCUGUCGGCUCAGCUUUUCGUAUCAUUCCACUUUAACUGCCAUUGCUGUGUUUUCUACAAUUCUGCGGUUUAUAGUUUGGAAAGGUACUAGAGUUCUCUAGCAAAUAAUUCACAAUAGUCUUUCCACAAACUAAAAAUCCCAGGAUUCUAUUUGAUGUUGCCAUUGCAUUUGCAAUAGAAUCUGAGCACUAUAGCUGUGCCCAGGAUCAUUGCUUCUUAUGAGAAAGACUGGGUUUGUGAAGUCUUUGAGCACUCUGAUACCAAGUUCAUCAAUUGCCCUGUUAAUUCUUGUUUUCAUUUUGUAGGAAAUGCCUGCCAUGGCUGGGGCAGAGCUUAGAAUUAUUUACUUGUAAAUUGCAGUUUCCAGCAUCCUUCUCCCAAUGGAGCAAACAGAAAUCUCAGUUGGCUAACACAUAGCUGUGCUGGCUGGGAAAUCCUGAGAUGUGUAUUCCAUACGUAACUUUUCCAAACACCAUUAUAGCUACAAUGGCCAUGCAUUUCCUAGAAUGGUUUGCCUAAAAUCAGUUUUGAUUGGGCCCCAUAAAGCUCUCACAGCUCUGUUUUAAGCGGUUACAUUUAUAAAGAUUAACUGCAGUAAGAUUGUGUUGUCGAAAGCUUUAGUAGCCUGAAUCACUGUGUUGCUGUGAGUUUUCCAGGCUGUAUGGCCCUGUUCCAGAAGCAUUCUUUCCUGACGUUUCACCCUCAUCUGUGGCAGGCAUCCUCAGAGGUUGUGAGGUCUGUUGGAAACUAGGCAAGUGGAGUUUGCAUACCUGUGGAAUGUCCAAAGUGGGAGAAAGAACUAUUGUCCGUUUGAAGAAAGUGUGAAUGUUGCAAUUGGCCACCUUGAUUCGCAUUGAAUGGCCUUGCAGCUUCAAAGCCUGGCUGCUUCCUGUCUAGGGGAUAUAUAAACCUCACUUGCCUAGUUUCCAACAGACCUCACAACCUCUGAGGAUGCCUGCCAUAUAUGUGGGUGAAACAUCAGGAACGAAUGCUUCUGGAAAAGGGCCAUACAGCCCGGAAAACACACAACAACCCCAAUCCAAGGCAGUUCACCCCAGUUUACCCUGAUUUGAUGACUAAAAGUCUCUGGAUGCUGUUUGGACAUAGAGUGACCUUUGGGUCAUUUCAGGUUUUAUGGCCAGGAUAAGCAAGUUCUUGUUGUUGUUGUUGUUGUUGUUUAUUCGUUUAAUCACUUCCGACUCUUUGCGACCUCAUGGACCAGACCACGCCAGAGCUCCCUGUCGUCCGUGGCCAACCCCAGCUCCUUCAAGGUCAAGCCAGUGCCUUCAAGGAUACCAGCCAUCCAUCUUGCCUUGGUCGGCCCCUUUUCCUUUUCCCCCAGCACCAUUAUCAUCUCCAAGCUUUCCUGUCUUCUCAUGAUGUGGCCAAAUUACUUCAUCUUUGCCUCUAAUAUCCUUCCCUCCAGUGAGCAGCUGGGCUUUUAUUUCCUGGAGUAUGGAGCAAGUUCUUAGACUUUGAAUAAAGUCAGCAAACAUUUUAUUUCUAUGUAGUUGUCAAUAUAUCAAUGUACAAGCUAGGAGAAAACUAAUCCUUUACAAAUGUCGGAGUAAUUUUUCUAGGGAAAUAGCCAUAUACUGGCUGGCUUCUUGUAUCACAUAAUUAAGUUCUAGCGAUUUUUACAUCUCAUCUCUCUACAAGUCUGAAAUAAUAAAUACAUUUGAUUCUUAUAUCCAUGCUAAGAAACCCCAUCUUUGUUCAAUUUAUUGCAUGCUAGAACGUGACAUAAUUAGCAUUGUCUAGUAGAAGGGGCCAAAAAUUGCAAACAAUUGAAAUAGCUUCAAAGGCCCAAAACACAUUUCCAGUCAGAAAUGCUGUUAGCAUAAGAACUGAACUUUUCUGGUGUAAAAAAAAUUAAUAUGUUUCUGAGCAAUUGUUUAGCCAGUGAGGUUCAUGACCUUGGAUGGCAAGAGGCCUCUUUUCUGAGCUAUCAGACUGAGGUUGCAGGCAAGUAGUCACAGUCAUAGCUGGUUUGGGUAGGAUGAAAUUGGCUCCAGGAGCGAAAGAAUAUGUAGCUUGAAUACAACUCACAAAUGACAGAGAAAUAGAAGGGUUUGUAACCUAUUGUCAAAAGGAAGUAUUGAAGAACUGCAAAAUGUGUACUGCUGCCUUUUGGGGAGAAUGGAAGCUGUACUGAACCUUCACCCCCUUGGGCUACUUGCAUCUUCUCUCCUGCUCAGUAUGUAUAUUUAUAAAUAAACAGAUUGUACAAAGGUA